UUCGUGAAGACCCUCACGGGUAAGACUAUCACCCUCGAGGUGGAGUCUUCGGACACCAUCGACAAUGUCAAGUCCAAGAUCCAGGACAAGGAGGGCAUCCCGCCCGACCAGCAGCGCCUGAUCUUCGCCGGCAAGCAGCUCGAGGACGGCCGCACUCUCUCUGACUACAACAUCCAGAAGGAGUCGACCCUCCACCUCGUGCUCCGCCUCCGUGGUGGUAUCAUUGAGCCCUCGCUGAAG